AUGUCGUCCAUCGUAGCCGCAGCCAAGUCCUCGGCCGGCUCCAACGCCUUCUUCGCCAUCGGCGUGGGCACCGUCGGCCUGCUCACCCUGCUCCUGCUGCGCUACUACCUCCCCAUCCGCCGCACCCCGGCCUACCUCCUCGUGCCCGUCUUCCUGGCCCUCGUCCUGCCCGCCAGCAUCAUCCUGCUCGUGCCCAUUGACCUGGCCAGCGUCAAGGGCGGCGAUGGCUACGACGGCGGCGGCAGGGGCAUCUGGUUGCCUCAGCGCGCCCUGCUGGUCUGCUGGCGCAUCGCGUACUGGUUGACCUUUGCGCUCACUUGGGCCAUUCUGCCUCUCCUGGGCGAAUAUAGCGACGCCGGUUAUCUUUCCCCCAGAUCGCGCUUCUUCUACUCGCUCCGCUCCAACGGCCAGUACUGGGCCAUCGUCAUCGCCGUGAGCAUUCCCGGCGCGAUAUACUUCUUUAUCAACUCGGGCUUCCAUAUCGCUACGAUGAAGGGUCUGGUCAUGGCGUUGGCCUACGCCUGGGGUCUUAUUCUGGCCAUAUAUCUGAUGGGUCACGGUCUGGUUGCGUUCCCUCGCCGGCUGUGGAGAGACGCCAAUGUUGCUGCGCGCCUGAAAAGGAUCCAGGCCCACGCGCCGAGGGUGCAUGAGAAGCUCAUGGACGCCAAUGAGAUGUUGGACGACUACGAGCAGCAGGUUGUCCAGCUCCGGGCCAAGAGGAACGCUGUCCCGCGCGAUUUCCAGGAAUGGAUCGAGGAGCUCGGCGACGGCGCUUCGCUGCUGGAAUCGCAGCCGUCGUCGUUGCCCCGCACCUCCCAGCCGACUACGAUACCGUCUGUCAUUACGGAAAAGUUCCUCGCCGAGCUGACGCGCCGGCUCAAGCGUGCGCGCCACGCCAGACUCCGCUUCGAGGACGAGUGGGCGCGCCUCGUCGCCAAUGCCGUCUUUACGCAGGCCAUCAUCGAUGCUGGUCCGAGCGGGCGAAUUGAAGCCACUGCAGGAGCUUCGUGGCGCUCUGACAACUUUUGGUCCCGGCUGGGCCGCCGCACGCUCAGCCCUGGCAUGCGCUUCCACCUGCACAACUACGUCAUCCCGGCCCUCUACUACGGCAGCAGUGCUUUCUUCGCGCUGGCGUCGGCCGCUAUUGUCUGGUCUGAAGUGACCAAGUCCAUCUCUCACAAGGUCAAUAUCGUUGGUUUGUCCAUCGUGCACCAUCCCAACUCCAACCGCGGGAAGAUUGGCUUCGCCGGCCAGUGCAUCGCGGCCUUUUGGCUCAGCUACAUGGUGCUCUCUGCGCUCUACUCAAUCACCGAAGUCAAGAUCUGGGGCAACCGGGCGCUGGUGCGGCGCAACACGUACUCGGAGUCCGCCUGCUGGUACGCACUACAAGUCGCCAAGCUGACGGUACCGCUCGCCUACAACUUUAUCACCUUCCUGGCCAAAGACAUCUACCAAGAAACGGCCUUCUUCCAGUUUUUGGGCAAGCUCAUCAACCUCACGCCCCUGGGCUCGGGCUUCUCGCGUUUCUUCCCCGCGCUCAUCCUGCUGCCCGUCGCGGCCGCGCUGUUCGGCCUGUAUACCCGCGUCAAGCGCGUCGUCGGGCUGGGCGAGUACAUGGAGAUAGGCGACGAGGACGAGGACGCCGCAGACGACGCGUUUGCAGGCUGGCGCGAGGGCCGCGCGCUCAUUGACCGCGAGCUGCACGGCUCGGGCCUGCUUGCCGGCGGGGCACUGGGGCUUGCGCCGCGCGGUGGCAACGGCAAUGGCGGUGGCGCGUCGUCGCCAAACAACAACAGCAAUAACAACACGCUUUCCCCUGCGGCGGCAGGCACGCCCUCGCGCUCUGGUGCCCGCAGCCCGGCGCUCGGCGCUGCAGUCGUGGGGGCGGGUGCGGGCGCAGCGGCUACGGCGGCCCCGGCUGCUCCGGCGGCUUCCACUGUCCCGGCUUGGCAGGCGCGCGCACAGCAGCAGCGGGAGACGCGGACGGCGAGGGCACUGGGGGCAGGGGGCCCGGCUGGUAGUGCUGGAGCAGGCAUCGGCAGCCAACGCCGGCCAGUGGUAUACGAUGCGGCGGAGCGGGACGCGGCCGAGGCGGAAGGGAACUGGCUAGGCGACUUUACGCAUCGCGUCCGCAAUACGUUCGACACUCACACGGCGGAUUUGCCGACUUUGACGGUGCCGAGGUGGAUGAGGGGCGAGUUUGGCGAUGAGGAUGAGGGGGGUGCUGGUGGUGCGAGGAGGGGCAGUGAUGAUGAGGGGUGGAGUUUCGGGAGGCUGUUUGAACGGGGGGGUGGUGGGGGGUUGAGGCUGUAG